GCCACGCCCCCAUUUGGGGGGUCUAGUUUUCUAAUCCCUGCCCACGCUCCCUGUCCUGUCGCCCAGGCUCGCCCCUGUUGGGAGUCUAACUCUGAAUCCUGCUAGCUCGGGCGCGCCCAGUCUAAGAUUCCGGACGCUGGUCGCUGGGUGAUCUCUGCUCGCCGGCUUGGCCCUGAGAUUGCCACCGGUUCUGCGCGUUCUCCCGUUGGGUUUGGCGCUUUCUCCCUGCUUGGAGAGAGCACCACCGCGCUGUGCGGCAGUCCCUGGACGCAGACAAUGGAGGCGGCGCUGGCAGUGACCCGGCUGCCCCCAAACGACCCGAGGACGCCAGCACUGUCGGUGGUGGACAUGCACACAGGCGGCGAGCCUCUGCGCAUCGUGCACGCCGGGUGUCCGGAGGUGGCAGGGCCCACGUUGCUGGCCAAGCGUCGCUACAUGCGUCAACACCUCGACUACAUCCGGCGGCGGCUCGUGUUCGAGCCCCGCGGCCACCGGGACAUGUACGGGGCCAUCCUGGUGCCCAGUGAGCUGCCAGACGCACACCUAGGCGUCCUGUUCUUGCACAACGAAGGCUACAGCUCCAUGUGCGGUCACGCGGUGCUAGCGCUGGGCCGCUUCGCGCUCGACUUUGGACUGGUGCCCGCUCCCCCAAAAGGCGCCCGGGAGGCUCAGGUCAACAUCCACUGCCCGUGUGGUCUGGUGACCGCCUUCGUAGAGUGUGAAGGUGGCCGCAGUUGCGGCCCUGUGCGCUUCCACAGCGUCCCAGCCUUUGUCCUGGCCUCAGACCUCACAGUGGAUGUUCCUGGCCAUGGAAAGGUGCUGGUGGACAUUGCAUAUGGUGGGGCAUUUUAUGCGUUUGUUAGUGCAGAAAAAUUAGGACUUGAUGUGUGUUCUGCGAAGACGAGGGACCUUGUGGAUGCGGCAAGUGCAUUGACAGGAGCAGUGAAAGCACAGUUUAAAAUCAACCAUCCUGAGAGUGAAGACCUUGGUUUUUUGUAUGGAUCCAUCUUGACGGAUGGAAAAGAUGCUUAUAGUGAGGAGGCCACCACCAACAUCUGCGUGUUUGCCGAUGAACAGGUUGACAGAAGCCCCACCGGCUCGGGAGUGACAGCCAGAAUUGCUCUGCAGUAUCAUAAGGGGCUCCUGCAGCUGAACCAGACCAGAGCCUUCAAAAGCAGCGCAACUGGCUCGGUGUUCACAGGCUGUGCCGUGAGGCUGCUGCCAUCCAAUGGUGGAUACAAAAAUACUGUCAAUCAUCCUCGAAUGGAACAGCCCCUACCAACAAAGAACACAAACGUGAUGAUCUAGCCCAGACGCUAUCCACAUUCCAGUCCUUGAGAACACCUGUUCAGAAACAGGCUUAAGCGGGAAGCCCAACCUCAGGAAUGUUCAAUGUGAGCAAGGAGUCUACUGAAACAAAUUUGUUCCAGCAGUGAUUUUCCAAAUGUGGCCCUUGGAUCAUCAUCAUCCUCACUAUCAAUAUGAAUUCUUGGUACUCAUCCCAGAGCUACAUUGUCUGAAACUGAGAUUAGAACCUAGUCGCUUGUAGCAUGACUGAUUCUGUUGCCCACUCAAAAUGCAGAGGUACUAGAAUACCCCACCCCUACCAUGUUCAAGAUCUCCAGGUGUGGACUCUUUUUCCUUUCCUACCUGUGGAGGCCAGAGACGCCCACAGCAGCAUCCCCUCCCCACCAGGGCAUCUGUGCUGGACAGGAAGGAGCAAGAGCGCCUCAGCUGAAUCUGCCAUUCGUUUGCGGGGUGGUCUGGCUUUCUCCGGCCUGCCGGGGUGCCAGAGGUGAACCAUGCCUUCUCUCAGACUAGCAGACCCGUGGCUUGGUCACCCUCAGGCUGGGAAAGGAGAUAAGGUGGGCCGGCUCUCCUGGGGUACACCGCUAGCGUCCCGCCCCGCGUUCCUGCGUAAAUAGGCGGUUCCCUCGGCAACGCCUAGAACCCACGUCAAGGUUCCACCAGUCCCGAGUGGUGACCGAGUCCCACCCACUCCCCGCAGCUGCCGUUCUGGUCCGCACAACCUUUCACCCUGCUGCGGGAUGAGCAGAGCGGCGGCCUGCGUGGAACCCCAUGGAGGAGCAGGCGCGGCCGCCUGGCCGCCCGGCCGCGAGUGCAACCUUGCAGGGUAGCGCGCAUCCGGGAGGGGCGGCUUCCACGGCCACUGCAGCCGCGCUGUCGUUCAGCUCCGUAGCCACGGUAACGCUGGGAAACCAAAGCGAUGCGGGCAGGCCGGAGGCAGCGGGGUCUCGGGGACCCGCACCGCUGCUAUGGCACGGGGCAGCGGUGGCCGCCCAGGCGCUCGUGCUCCUGCUCAUCUUCUUGCUGUCUAGCCUGGGCAACUGCGCGGUGAUGGGGGUGAUCGUGAAGCAUCGGCAGCUGCGCACGGUCACAAACGCCUUCAUCCUGUCGCUGUCCCUGUCGGACCUGCUCACUGCGCUGCUCUGCCUACCCGCCGCCUUCCUCGAUCUAUUCGCGCCUCCCGGAGACUCUGGGCCCUGGCGCAGCUUCUGCGCAGCCAGCCGCUUCUUCAGUUCGUGUUUCGGAAUCGUAUCCACGUUCAGCGUGGCGCUCAUCUCGCUGGACCGCUACUGCGCCAUCGUGCGGCCGCCGCGGGACAAGCUGGGCCGGCGGCGCGCGCUGCAGCUGCUGGCAGGAGCGUGGUUGGCUGCGCUGGGCUUCUCCCUGCCCUGGGACCUGCUCAGGGCACCCCGGGAGCCCCCCGCUCCGCAGAGCUUCCACCGCUGCCUUUACAGAACCUCCCCAGACCCUGCGCAGCUGGGCGUCGCCUACAGCGUGGGACUGGUGGUGGCUUGCUACUUGCUGCCCUUCCUACUGAUGUGUUUCUGCCGCUACCACAUCUGCAAGACCGUGCGCCUGUCGGACGUGCGCGUGCGGCCGAUGACCACUUACGCGCGCGUGCUGCGCUUCUUCAGCGAGGUGCGCACAGCCACCACCGUGCUCAUCAUGAUUAUCUUUGUCAUGUGCUGCUGGGGUCCCUACUGCUUCCUGGUGCUGCUGGCCGCGACCCGGCAGGGUCAGGCCACGCAGGCUCCCUCGCUGCUCAAUGUGGCGGCUGUUUGGCUGACCUGGGCCAAUGGGGCUAUCAACCCGGUCAUAUAUGCCAUCCGCAACCCCAACAUUUCCAUGCUCCUAGGACGCAACCGCGAAGAAGGGUACAGGACUAGAAACAUGGAUGCUUUUUUGCCUAGCCAAGGCCUAGGUUUUCAAGCCAGAAGUCGCAAUCGCCUUCGAAAUGGCUGUGCCAACAGGCUUGGGGCUUGCAGCAGGAUGCCUUCUUCCAACCCAGCUAGUGGGUCAGGAGGGGAAGUGGUCAUGUGGGCUCGAAAAAAUCCAGUUGUGCUCUUCUUCCGAGAGGGUCCACCGGACUCAGUUAUGGAAGUCGGCAAACUGCAUAAUUCUGAAACCAGGGACAGCAGCAUUUAAGAAGGGCAGGGGUGGACAGCUUGUACAUUUCCACCCCUCUCAUUGAAUGAUGUGGGAACCCGGGGAGAAUCGUUUAUUUAAAACUAAACAUAAAGCCAAACAUUUAAAACUAAAAAGACAGAAAUGGGAGGGUUACUACUUCAUUCUCAAAUUUAAAAUGUAAAAGAACAUUCCCUUUCUUCAAAUGCGGCCAAGGGAAUGUGAAAUGCAAAAAAAAUAAAAACAAUCUUAAGCCACACAACCAAGCACUUUAAGGCGUAAGUGCUAAAAAGCAACAAAAAAUAAAAUUCACCGUUAUUGAAGAGCUCGUGUUACAGGAAUCACACUGUGAGACAAAAAUCAUUGAACUGAACUUAACAGUUGUAUUCAAAUACUGUUUUUUGUUUGUUUGUUUGUUUGCUUGUUUGUUUCUAAUGAACUGAGUCCCUUGGAUCUGUUUGAAGGCCCCUGUACUUUCACCAGAAUUCAGCAGACCUUCAGAUUCUAGAGCCUGCAUGGCUGACCUGCUUCGGGUGCUCAGAGCAGAAACUUAGGCAGAGCAGAAACGUCAUUACGCAGAUUGGUGUGCUCUCCCGGAAUUUUUGUGCAAGAUUUUAAAUUUAGAGUUUAUUUUAAAAGACUUCUGGAUUUUUUAAAGGUCUUUUAUUACUAGAUAUAAUUCAGCGGUCCAAAGGGCAAAGAGAACAUACUGUAGUUGUUUAAACAGAAGUCUAAUAUUAUACAUAAAAACCAAUGUUUCUUUUAAGCCCGUUUUAGCCCCCAAAUUAUCUGUCUUGGAAAAUCACAGCUGUGUCCUUCCUAGAAACUGUUCCUGUUUGAUAGCUUGUAUGGGUGCCACUCCAAAUGUUUUCAUUAAUAAUAAUAAUAAUAAUAAUAAUAAUAAUAAUAAUAAUAAUUUUCAUACUAGAAAAAAAUCUUUCUCUAUUGGGGCAACUUUUUUAUAGAGCCCAAACUGUAAUUUGAAAUCAAAUUCUUUGAAUAUAGUGAGUGAUGUUAAAUAUGUAUGUAGGCAUACAUAUUACACAUAUAGUACUGGCUUUCCUAUUUAGCCUUUAACUGCCAAAUGUGAUUCCAAAAUGGAAUUCUAAAAGUAGUUUGAAAAGUAUGACCACGUUCUUGGAAUAGCCAUAGAACGUCCUAAGAGGACAUACGUUCUAUUUAGAAGUUUCGGUAUGCUUUAGUAGCAGAUUGCUGCCUUACAGGUAUAUUAUAGUCAUCAUUACAAAGAUAAUUGGUUUUUGGGUUACAAGGUGGGAUAAAAGUCCAUUGGCACAAGGUUGGAGAGAUACCUCAAGCCAACUGAAAAUAUUUUCAGAAAUUUGCAAAAAAUCUUUUAAUAACUCAGAAGCACAAUCUAGAGCUCUGUGUGUGUGAAAUGUCUCACACUGAACGUCCCUUGGGACUUGUUGCCCUGCCUGACUCUGCUUCUCUCUUACCCAGUGUUCCAUCGCUUUAGCUGAACACGCACUUUAAAAAGUAUGAAACUGCAUCUGUUAUGUGAAGAUUUCACUAUGUGAACUAGCCAGCAUUACAUAAAUGUCAAGCAUUUAAGAUGUUCAUUCUCCUGUGAGUCUCCAUGUGCCGAGUGAAUGUACAUUGCUUUGUAAUCAAAGAUGGAAAUACAUGAUUUGUACCUUGACGAGCAAA